AUGGACGUUGCGAUGCUUCGAACUUUGGCACUAAUCAAGAAUAAAGAUCCAUCCAUUUAUGACACCCAACGAAAUGUCUUUGAGGAUCAGCAGCAAACAACCUCGAGUAUGCAGGUCAAGAAGAAGGCCAAGGAUAAGACCAAAGCGUUGCAUAUCAAGCAACAUGUUCUCAACUCUAUUUUAAACGAGGACACUGAUGAGCCCCAGCCUUCCUCCGCUCCAAUGACUUAUGUUCAAGAGCAACAACACCUAAAGUCCGAGACAAUCAAAGCUUUCAAAGACGCAGUCUCGUCUGAAGAUGAAGACGACCUCCUAGUGGCACGUGAGAAGACAAAAGACGAGAUUGAGAUUGAAGAAGAGGAGUAUCGAGAGUUCCUACAAAGAGAGGUUGGCCCAAAUAUUGACCUACAAGAUUUGAUUACUGUCGAGGAAGGUAUAGAGCGUAUCCAUGAAGAGGGUGAAGGGGAUACCACCAUCCACGGAAAUAACAAGAAGGGCAAAAAGUCAAAGAGCCUCAAGAAACAAGAAAAGAGGAACGAAGAAACAGAUCGAGACUUCUUGUUCAACUAUAUUCUCAAUCGAGGAUGGAUUGAUCGUGAUUCAGAAAGGAUCCCUACAUAUGACGAAAUCACCACUUCGAAAAAGCCUGAGAAGAAGUCUAAGCGAAAGAAAAAUGAUGAAGAAGUCGUAACAAAUCCAACGGAACCUCAUAUGCAAAACGGAUCUCCAAGCCCCAGAGAAGAACUCGAUUCAGUAGAUGAGGAAGAUAAUUUCGAUGACCUCACAGAAAGAUUUGAGAGAUCCUCUACUAUUGCCACUCAUCCGCGUAAUAUACCUUCUCUUGUUCGUCGACAAGAUACCUCCAGAAAAGAGGCGAGAGAGAAAAGAAAGGAGCGAAAGGAAGAGGAAAAGGCAUUGAAGAGAGAGGAGGUCAAUCGGUUAAAAGCACUCAAGAUGCGAGAAAUCCGAGAGAAAGUCGACAGGAUCCAGAAAGAAGGUGGCAAAGGUGUUAAAUCAGAGGCUCUUAAAGGGCUAGAAGAGGACUUGGACGAAGAAUGGGAUCCUGCUAAACACGAUC